AUGGCUAAGACUCCAUCCAAGAAAGCCGCCAAGACGGUCGCCAAGACCGGCAAAGGCAAGGGCCGCGGCAAGAAGCGCGUCGAGUCGUACUCGACGUACAUCUACAAGGUGCUGCGUCAAGUGCACCCGGAGACGGGCAUCAGCAAGCGCGGUAUGUCCAUCAUGAACUCGUUCAUCAAUGACAUUUUCGAGCGUAUUGCUUCGGAGGCCGGCAAGCUCUCGCGCUACAACAAGAAGUCGACGCUGUCGAGCCGAGAGAUCCAGACGGCCGUGCGUCUCAUGCUUCCGGGGGAGCUCGCCAAGCACGCCGUGUCGGAAGGCACGAAGGCCGUGACCAAGUUCACGUCUGCUUAG